AUGUCCGACUCUGAUGAAGAAAGCAACAACUCCAUGGACGAGGAAAUGAAGGCCAAGAUUGCCGCCUUCAUGGAAGACGUCGAGGAUGACGAUGAAGAGGAGGCUGCCGAAGAAGAAGAUGAUGCUGGAAGUGAUAGCGAUCUGAAGGAUCUUGACGUUCCGUCUGAUCUCCCAGUGAACACAAUAGAUUACCUUGUUAUUGGUACUAGUGACCUUGAAAAGGGAAGAGAAAAAUUCACUGAAAUGACUGGUUUGAAGACCGGAAACCUCACAGCCAUGCGUGGUGGCGGUGGUACUAAGAGUGUUCUUUGUCGCUUGGCAGGCAACGUCUAUAUCGAAAUCAUGGCACCUGAUGGUACCAGAACCGACGGCACUCCUGGAGCUCUUGCUAAAGUUCCCGAGGGAGAAUUGAUUGCCUUCCACUAUGCUGUUCGCAGCCCUCCAGAAGCCGUCAAUGGAAUGGUCCCAGACUCUUCGUGGGCACUCGAUAAAAUUACCAUGGUUGGAACUGGAUCUCCUCUUGAAUUCAAGGAGGAGGAUGGUCCCUACAAGUGGGAUUUGACCUAUCUUCUAAACCACGACCUAGGAGGAUGCGUGCCAUCCUUUGUCAACUGGAGAUCGAAUGAAGCUCACCCCACCUGCCGUUUGGAAGAUUCUGGUGCCAAGAUAAAGAAGGUUUCGGUUCGUGUUCCAGAAGGCCACAAGGUCCUUGGUUUGUUGGAGACAGUUGAUGGAGUCAAGAUUGUUGCUGGAAAGCCCAAACUCGUUUUUGAAAUCGAGACCCCCGAAAAGGGCAAGGUCAAGUUUGAAGGAAAGAAUGUUAUGGGUGUUGUAAUGCCUGGAUACCAAGAUACUUCCCACCAAUCGUACAACAAGUAA